AUGUUCAUUCUCCUGAUAGACGUGCCAGUUGCAAUGCAGGCAGGGAUUAACUUGGGGACAGCUGUGUCAAGAGGAUUGUAUCAACCAGCAACAAUCUUUAUGGGCCGCCAGAUGUCAGCCAUCUCAAGCGCUGGAGAUGUUAGUACAGAGCAGAAAUCUCCCCAACCCACGAAGAACUUCAGAACAAUUCUUGACCCACGUUCACAGCAACAGACAGCCCAGAGCAGUGAUGUGACAGACAGCUAUGUAGUCUGCACUAAUAGUGGCACACAGUGCUUAAAUAAGUCUGACAAAAUAGAUGGAAGGACAUCUCUUCAGAUUGGUGAGAAAACGCCAGUCACAGCCAGCCCAUUGUCUGAGGAGGAACAGACUCAUUGCUUGGAGAUAGGAAGCAACUCACGUCACGGCAAGAGUAAUUUAUCUGAAAGCAAAAAGUCUGCUGAACUCCAUUCCCUGUUACGGGGAAGAUUACGUCCAGGAAGCAGAACCACUGAUUUAAAGUGUGACAGUUCCAGCAGAUCAGGGGCAUCAGAGGGAGAAAUACUGACACGGGAACAUAUUGAAGUCAAGGAAGACAGUGCCAGACUACCAGUCGCUCCGAUAUCAGUCUCAGAAUACUGUGCAUCUGAAAAUCAUCCUCCUCACGGGGACCCCGAGGCACAGAAGCCCUUCAGGAAAAUGCAGCAACAGCAGGAAGAGGAAAGUCUGAGCAGCAGCAGUGACCUCACAGUUGCCUGUCUUGGAGAUGAGUGGGAUAUAUCUGAAAUGAGAGAGAAACACACUCUGGCAGCGGGACAAUGUCAUCAUUGGUUGUUUAACUCUUGUUACCAGUAUAGUUUUAUUUCUUGGGGGAAGAGUGUUGACCUAGAAAUUAAGAGACAUGGGUAUUUACCUGUCCUGUUAAUUUUUACUUUUUCUCUGCCUCUCAAGUUGGCUGUGAUAAAAUCUGUGCCCACCUCCCUGCCCAGGACACAUGAGGCGAUAUGGGCAGCAGCGUUAUUGAAAAAAGCCCCUACAGAAGAGUGUGACGAUAGUUCGGCCGUUCACAGUAAUGAAUCAUCUUGCAGCUUGCCAUCUAUUCUGAAUGACAGUAGUGGAAUAAAGGAAGCGAAACCCACUCUAUGGCUCAACAGUGUUCUUACAAGGGAACAAGACGUUUCAAGUGGCUGCGGAGACGAGAGCAAGGAAGAGAGCAUGGCAGCAAAGAUUCCAAUCACAGAAACAAAAGCCUACCAGUUGCUGAAGUGGUCUACCCUUCAGGAUAAUACAAAUCAAACUGAAGACAGGUUCCAAAAGGCAGAUGCUUCUGCAUCACAACUGUCAGGUGACUGCCAGUUAAGAAUCAGACUUGAAGCAGAAACAUCCAAGGCUGAAGUCACCCAGGGGGCAGAGGUCAAGGAUUGCCCUGCACGCUGAUAGCAUCAUGGGAACAGUCUGGUUCCCCUGGCU